AAUUCUCUGCCGGAUUGGACUCCUCUUCACCCCUUCUGCAAUUGGACCGGCGUUACCUGCCAUCCCUCUUCUCACUCUGUCGUCGCUCUCAAUCUAUCCUUCAUGAAUUUAGAGGGAACCAUCUCUUCUCUAUUGACGAAUCUUUCCUCUCUUCAAUCCUUAGAUCUUUCCGGCAAUGCCCUCACUGGUACCAUUCCACCUCAACUCGGCCAACUUCCCCGUCUCCAAAUACUUUCGAUCUACAAAAAUCAAUUGCAAGGUCCCAUUCCCCCUGAACUAGGCAUGCUCACUCACCUACAAGAGCUUCACAUUUCUGAAAACCAACUAUCAGGCAGUAUUCCCUCCUCUUUAACAAACCUCUCAAAAUUGAACAUAUUAAUUUUAUAUCAAAACCAGCUAAGUGGGCAUAUUCCAUGGGACAUUGGUACCAAGCUGUCCAAUUUGACAUACCUCAGUUUAUGGGCAAAUCAGCUUACUGGAAAAAUACCAAAUUCCAUUGGAAAUUGUUCCAGACUCCGCGUAUUUACAGUGAGCAGAAACCGGCUCAGUGGAAUGGUGCCAGUGGAACUUGGUAAGUUGAGCCUCCUUACCAGGCUUUGGCUAAACGAGAAUCUUCUUGUUAGUUUGGAUUUUCUCAAAGCUGUCACAAAUUGCUCCCACUUGCAAUUAAUGUCAGUUUCAAGUAACAAUUUCACUGGUAUAUUGCCCCCAUCCAUCGGCCAUUUGUAUUCCAAUCUCUCUCACUUCAAUCUAUCAUACAACAUGAUAAGUGGAACCAUACCUCAGCAAAUUGCCAAUAUUACGAAUUUAGCCUUCUUAGAUCUGGGUAAUAAUCUUUUCAGUGGCAGUAUUCCAGUUGAAAUUGGAAGACUCCAGAAAUUGGAAAGAUUGUGUCUAAAUGUGAACAAAUUAGGAGGUGGCAUUCCAAUGGAGAUAGGUCAAAUGCAACAUCUGGGACUCUUAAAUCUUGGUCAAAACCAACUAUCUGGAAAAAUACCGGAUUCUCUUUGUGGGCCGAAACAGCUUAGGCAUCUUCACCUUCAGCACAACAACUUGUCAGGUGAGAUCCCUGUUAGUUUAAAUGGAUGUCUGAAUUUGGAGCUCCUUGAUUUUUCUUACAAUAAGCUACAGGGAAGGAUACCUCGUGAAGUCAUUGCCAGCCUUCGAAACAUCGAAUUCUAUCUCAAUCUUUCUUGGAAUUCUCUCCAAGGGUCCCUGCCACGGGAGAUUAGUAAUAUUGUAAAGGCUCAAGCCAUAGACAUCUCUGGAAAUCGACUUGCUGGGGUGAUUCCAAAUGCUCUAGGAGACUGCACAGAAUUAGAGCAUCUAAAUCUGUCUCACAAUGCCUUUGAAGGUCCAAUACCAGAUUCACUCUCCAAAUUACAAAAUCUCCUAGAAAUGGAUCUGUCUGCCAAUAUUUUAUCAGGUUCAAUACCAAAAUCCCUUGGAAGCCUAAAAGUACUUAGCUACAUGAAUGUUUCUUUCAAUAAUUUGUCAGGUCAGAUUCCAGCAGGAGGGUUGUUUCCAAAUAGAACUGUUAUAACAUUGUUUGAGGGAAACCAUGGUCUCUGUGGCCCAAGAAAUUAUUCAUUGCCUCCAUGCCCAAAGCAGACCCAGGGAAACCAUUCGCUGCUGAAAAAAAUUGUCUUAUCAGUUGUUGGAACCGUUGCUUUAAUAUUAGUCUCUUUCAUUAUAGGAAUGCUAUGGAGGCAUAAACUUUCAAGAAAACUAUUGCAUCCUUCAAACCUUCUUUUGCAAAGACUGGACUAUCCAAAAUUUUCUUAUCAAGAUCUUCUCAUUGCAACAUCUGGAUUUGAUGAGUCAAGCUUGCUUGGUGUGGGUAACUUUGGAUCAGUCUAUAAAGGCAUUUUGAGGGCUGGUAAGAUAGUUGCCAUCAAGUCUCUUAAUUUGCAUGAUGAAGAGUCUCAUAAGAGCUUUAGCACAGAAUGCAGAGUGUUAGGGAGGAUUAGGCACCGCAACCUCAUCAGAAUCAUAAGUGCGUUUUACUGCCCUAGCUUGAAAGGUUUGGUUCUUCAAUAUGCAUCAAAUAGAAGCUUGGAAAAGCAUUUGCACCCUGACAGAGAUGAUCAGGACUUCUUUGAAUUGGGAUUGAAUGAGUGUUUGAGAAUUGCUAUAGAUGUAUCCCAUGGCAUGGAAUAUUUACAUCAUGAUUGUCCUUUGCGAAUUGUUCACUGUGAUUUAAAACCCAGCAAUGUGCUCUUGGAUGCCAAUAUGACAGCCCUUGUGACUGAUUUUGGCAUAUGCCGUUUAAUUGCUACUCAAAACACCACAGAUUCACUGAGUACAACAACAUUUGCACUUAAAGGAUCUAUUGGUUAUAUUGCUCCAGAGCCUAGUUACCAGAAACGCGACGGGAAAGCCCCGUUUCGCGUUUCGACGGCAGAAACGGGUUUCCCGUCUGAAACGGCCGUUUCUAAGCCAUCUGACCGUUCCAGUCGGGAGUUUGUAGCAAAAAUAUCUGCCAUUGCAGAGUAUGGAUUGGGCGGAAGUGUUUCAAUAAAGGGAGAUGUUUAUAGUUAUGGAAUUCUGAUAUUAGAGAUGGUUACAAGGAAGAGGCCAAGUGAUGACAUGUUUGUGGGAGACCUGAACUUGCAAAACUGGGUGAGGUCCGCUUUUCCAGAUAGAGUGGCAGAUAUUGUUGAUAGUAGGCUGCUGAGAGAUGUGAAUGCAAACAUGGAAGAGAAUCAAUUUCUUCUUUCUUUCAUUCACGUUGGUUUGCUAUGCACCAAUGAAUCGCCAAGAGAACGACCCUCCAUGAGAGAUGUAACCAGGGCCUUGGAGAACCUUACGACAUCUUUGUCAGGAAAUGUAGUUUCUUCCAAAUUGACAUCUACUAUAACAGACCUCCUACGCAAAACCAAUCCCACUGCAUUAUCAGCAUCAGAUAGUCAAAGUUCCACAUUUUAGAUGUUUCGAGCUCAAACAAGUACUUUUAGUGUUAUAUGUUGGCUAUAAAUUUAUCUAUCUUGUACAAGUUUGCAUACUGUCAUGCAAAAUGCUCGGGUUAUAUUUUAUUUCAUUAAAUGU